AGAAACAUUUUAUUUCCGUGCCCAUAAUCUCUUCCAUUAAUCGAACUCCCCAAAAUCAAGCUAGGACCCGCUGUGUUUCAGCUUCAUUGUGCUAGCCAAGGCCGUUUGGAACAGGUCUGUCCUACAGGAUUGUACCCAGUUACUCCAGUCAAAGCACAGCGUGAGGGUUUCAUGGGGGGUUACUGCAGGAAGCGUCAAGUCCGGGCAGGCCGCGAGCGCAGCAGGGGUUGGAACCGCGGAGUCCUUCGGGUCCCUCGUCCGGCGGAAGCCCCGCCCCUCCGGCGCCAGCCGGGCGGCGGCGAGGCUGUAUCCUAGGUGACGCGGCCACCAUGUACAGGGGUGAGACCUUGUUCUCCAUCCCAGAGUUGUACCCCAGGAGGAAGCAGUUUGUCGGGCAAUCCUCUACCCGACUGGACCAAUGUGGAUUACGGCUAGGAAUGUGGUACUGGAAAGACGAAACAAAAUCUCUGGAAUUUAGAAGUUUCACACCUGCAGUAGAACUGAAGGAGAAAGGCAAGAAAGGGAAGGCGGUUCACUUUGCUGAGACGGACGGCACAGCCUCGGAAAGAUUGACAGAUAAAAGGUUUGUCCCAAGGGAUGAAAAGUCAACUAAGACUUUGGAGAAGCGAGGCCAGCAGGGCAACGUCACACUGGAUGACGUCAAGUUUGUUGCGCUGCUUUCCCUCCAAGACACUGAAAUGCAGAGGGUCUGCUCCUUCACAACGUUUAUGAGGAAUAAGAGUCUCGACAGCUUCCUCAUGGCACUGUUGUACUAUCUGUCUUAUUACCUGGAGAGACUCUCAAUGGAAAAGAAGCCCCAAAGCUACAUGGUAGGCCUGGUAGAGAAGAAAGAGAUAGAGCUGGUUAUGAGCAAGUUAGAAGACGCACAGAAGUACCUGGCGCAGAAGUACUGCAAACUCGUGCUGGGCGUCGGCAUGGCGGACAAGCAUCACAUGAACUGUGGAAAGGACAAAAUAUCAGACACACAAAAAGACUGGAAAUUCUUUGAGUCCUUUUAUACCUUCUGUACCUGCAUAGCCUGGAUCGUCUUCCGACGGCAGUACUUGAAAGAGAUUGAGGAAGAGGUGGGCAGGCUUUUUCGGACCAAUAUGUUCAACAUUCCUCGAAGGAAGCGUGAAGACGAAGAGUCAGGAGGAGAGAAGAAGCGCAUGACCUUGGUACAAUUCAGGAGAAUGAUGGCAAAACGUCCAGCCAUUAAAAAGGCCAUGGACAUGCGCUCCCCAGUUUUGUCUACACUGCUGCCGUCUCUCAGAGAAAAAGCUCAGCAUAUCGCUGAGAAAAAGUACGUGGCAGGCAUCAAACUCCAACCCCGAGUGGAGAAGGAAAUAACGAAUCUGGAGUCUGUGGUUAUGCCCGUAGUUGGCAUCUUGGGGGAACCUCGAAAUCUGUUCAACCCGCAUACUCUCCUCCCCCUUGAAUCAGAAGAAAAUGGAAAACCAAGCGGAAGAAAUUCUUCUAUAGUAGAGAGAAAUAACACAACUAUUCAGAACACACUGAAUUUGGUCAUGUCAAAACUAACUUCGCAAAACUCCUUCCCUAAGUAAUCUAGUUGGUUCCAAUUCCUGACCUAGGUCUCUAUAUGUGGAGUAACUGCUUCUCCACAGCACUUACAGGAUUAAUGUUUAUUACCAUAAGAUAGCUAUUUAAACUGUAGAUUUUUGUCUCAAGUUCUAUUAAAAGUUAACAAUUUGAUUAAUAAAGAGUUUUAGAAAGCUCUUAAAAAGCA